GACCGGCUAGGCGGUUCACUAGAUUCUGGAGGUCAGUGGCUGACUUUCAGUCAAGUUCGGUGCAAGAGAGGAAAGUCUUGCCCGUGGUUAAUGCACGAAAUCUAUGGAUAUCCUCUGGAAAAAUGGGGAUUUUUGGAUUGGAGUCUUUCCUGUUGAAAUAUCUUCCAAACGCAUGCCCCAGGGUGAAACUGGAAGAUCUCAUCAAAGAGUACCGGAGAGAAACCGGACGAACAUCAUGUGUGACGGUCAUCGACACAAACAUACUGAUACGACAAUGUCUAGAUGACUUGGAUAUUGUGUGCGGCGGGCAAUUCGCCGAAUAUAAAAUCAAUCUCCUCAACUACAUCGGGCGUUUGACCGCUCUGGGCAUCUCGCCGGUGUUUUUUCUGGACGGGAGCGUGGACCGCGGCAAGAUGAGGUGCUGGAUGGACCGCCAAAUGGAGAGGCAGGAGCGACUCAGGCGGAUCUACCAGAGUGUCGACGAGGGCUGCAACAGGUCCAUCAUCGCCGCCGAGGACACCAUCAUCCCUGCGGGGAUGUAUGAGGCGACGAUCAUCACCAUCCAGGAGGCCAAGUACCCCAUAUUCUGUGCGGUGUCCGACGCCGACGUCGAGAUGGCCCAGUACGCCCGCGCCAACAAGUGCUUCGCCAUCAUGUCGCGAGACACGGAUUUUAUUAUCCUGCGCGGCGCCCGGUACUACGUGUCGCUCUUCUACAAGCACUUUAGGGCGAGCGACAUGUCGACGUUCCUGUUCGAUCGCGAGGCCAUCGCCAAGGCCCUCGGCCUGCACCCCGACCACCUGCCUCUGCUCGCGUCGUUGCUCAAGAACGACUUUGUAGAUGGCGGUUACCUGCAGCCGCUGUACAGCAAGCUGAUGGGGCGACGCACCGCUGCUCUCAAGCAAGAUCAGUUUUACCGGCUCGACCAGCUGAUACCGACGCUGGUGGACUUCAUCAAGCGCGAGCUGUGGAGCAAGGCGGACCACGUUGGGGCCAUCCUGGAUAGCACCUUCAACGGCUACCCGCCCUUCCUGCUGCGCAACUUGGCGCGCGAGCUCGGGCUGCGCGACCAGUUUGACAUGAAGGAGCGGCUGAAGAAGCAGCUGGAGGUGAGCUUGGCCAUGCACGAGUACGCCCCGCGCAACGCUCCGCUGGCGCGGCCCUUCUCGCCGCAGCCCGAGCCGGAGACGGACGCGGACCCCGAGGUGCUUGAGAUGGCCCGCGUGCGCCACCGCAACGUCUCCUUCCUCAACUCGGUCGUGCUCUCGCUGCUGGCGCGGCGCACCUACGAGAUGGGCCCCGCCCUCGAGGACCCGCGCCUGCCCGUGGCUUGCACCUCCGAGACGGCGCUCAGGCCCUUCCGCCGGCGCGUGUACGGCCUGCUGCAGAUGCCGGGGUUCUUCACGGAGGUGAUCGUCCCCGCCCGCGCGCCCACGCCCGACCUGCCCGUGUACCGCUGCCUCGUGGUGCCCGUCAGCCCAGACCCGAGGGUGCACCCGCACCCUGGACUGCUGGCGCUGUGGCGGGAGCACAACGAGGACGACGCGGACCUGGGGGGCGACCGGUGGCGCCUCUUCGCCUGGGCCCUGGCCGCCCAUCGGCACCGCUCGGCACCGGUGGACGCACUAGCAGACAUGUUGCGGGAGCUGCCCAAACACCUGGUGGUCCCGGCGUCUUUGGUCUACCUGCUGUACCACUCCAAGGCCCUGGAGGGCUUCGACCGCUCCGCCGCCGACCUGGUGCGCAUGCUGACGAGGACCUCCAUGGUGGCCAAGCUGGUCUCCGAGACCGCCCCCGGGGAGCUGUACGUUGCGAGCUAUGACAAGACGGUGGUGCAUGUGGCCGCCCUGUUCAUGAGGUCCUUCACAUACCUGUCUGUUCUCAACGAUGUAUUGGGGGCGCCAGUGCCUCUUGACAAGCUGCACCCUGCUCUAUACUUCAAUGGAAAACUGUUUCAUAAAAUCUUUAUGAAUGAGCAGCCUCUUGAUCCUGUUAUUCGUUCGUCCAUAGACGAAGGGACAGAGAACCUCAUCAUAAAAACAGUAUGUGAAGAAGUUGCUGAAGUGUAUGAAUAUUCAGAGGAAUAGCUUGUUAAUUUUAUCAUUGGAAUCAUUUUAUCCUUUUGACUAUUUUGGCCACUUAUGUUUCCUUCCAUGUACUAUUUGUUUUAAAGUGUUAAGUUUCUUACUUGUAACAGGAUAUUUUUGGGGCCAUUUCUUAAUAUUUUUUUGGUAAAAUAUCUUUUUUAAUCUGUGAUAAACACGAGACUGGUCAUAUAUUAUAAUCCUCUCAUAGUUGCAUAUUAGUAUCAUGAUCAUUUCUAGUCUAUGUUUCAAAAUGAUUAAAAUAAGACAUACCAACAAA